UGGACAUUUCCAACCAAAAAACCGACUUGAGAUGUCAACAUCAGUUUGACCAGAGAAACAGCUCUCGCUCCUCCAAAGUACAUCAUGGCGACCUCUUUGGCCGCUCAGCUGUCUAAAAUUGCCGAAUACUCAACCCAAUCCCUAAAUCUCAAGGCGCAAAAAGCUGCGCAUUCAAAGUCCUUGAUAUUCGAACCUCGAGUUGCCGCAUCGCAAAGCUUCGACACCUUAUACACCCUGUGCCAUGAGGGCUUCCAGGAAUUAUGUCUGCUCGAUAAUCGAUUCCUAGAGUUUCAGAGGAAUAUCUUCAGCGAACAAAGCCAGGAUGAAGAUCGGACGCAGAUGACGGCUGGAGACAAUGCAGAACUCGACAAACAGCUGGAAGCUUUCUUGGGCCUGGUUGGUGGCAGAUUGAGAUUGAGUCCGGCAAUCAAGGCAGUUGAAUGGCUCCUGAGACGAUUUCGGUAAAUACUGGCUCUCGUGCAAUUGCGCGCAAGAGGUAUAGAAAAGAAUAUCACUAACGGUAUCAGCAUCCACGAAUAUAAUACCCUCUUUCUCCUUACUACCUUCCUUCCAUACCACACCCUCCCGGUCUUCAAUACACUCAUGUCGAUCCUCCCGAAAACGAUACCCCAGGAGUACAAAUUUCUUUUACCAUAUAUACGGUCACUUACCCCGCCACCGAGACAUGCAAUCGUCCAAGCAUCUACCAACAAUUCCAUAUUCCUGUCUACUUUGAAUUCCUAUGUUCUUCGAAUUUGUCAGGCUCGACAACAUCAUUUCACUCUUCUGGCAUUUUGGGCUGGGAUAAUAACAGAGUCCGUCAGCGGCAUGUUGGAUAAAUCGCGUUCUGGGAGGAGAGGCGUCCAGCAACAGAACGAGCAGGAUGUCAUUUUGAAAUUAUUGCCAACCUUGAACGAAGGCUUGGCCAUCAAGAAUAUCCCUGAACUCCGUACUGGUUGUUAUAUGAUCCUCGCUGUUAUGGCAUCCAAAGGAGGGCUCGAUGACAAGGUCUUGACGGCUAUGAUGGAGGCUGUCGUCUCAGGUUGGAAUGCCGAUACGCUCACUCCUGGCUUUGUCUGUUUAGCUAUUCUCGCCCACCAUCGAGCAGCAAAACAGUUGAAUAGAAAGCUCACCAAGGAGUUACUAAAAGUGGACAACCUACCAACAAUGCUCAUUGAACUCAGCAAACAACGGCGGGUAGACAAACUCGCAAAUGGGUUCUGUCUUGCUCUCAUUGAUCGACUCAAUAAGCAUGGAGAUCUCAGAGCACUUCCGAUUGUCAGUGAAAUGAUAGAGAAGCGGAUCCUGAGUGACCACCAAUCAAAUGUGAUGGUAAAAGCUCUAGUUUUGGUUGCCCACAAGGUCGAUGACACAUCUGAUCUGACAGCCCUACGCCCACACCUAGCCUCUACAUUGGUAAAUCUAGCACAAUUAGAAGGCCAUGCUGGUGAUGUUGUACGGGGUGCUUUGAAGGACACAGAAGUCGACAUCGAUGAGCUGGAAAUGAAAUUACAGACGACAAUUCGACAGGCCAUUUUACCCGCGAAAUCUGAGGAUGUGGUUAUGGGAGAUACUGAAGAGAUAGUCGCUAUUGGGGCCGAAUUUAACGCACUUUUUGAAAAGCUCCCAAAAAGAACUGCGGUCGAAUCAUCAUUUUUGGCUCAUGACGCAUCAAACGUAUACCAUGAUCUUUGCCGCGCUUUUCUGGUUUCGACGACCAAUCCUUCUGAUCUCCAGACCUUUGAUACGGCUUCUAUUCUUGGAAGAGAGUCUGCUCUAGAACACAUGCUCUAUCUUACAUUUUAUAUCAAGACCUGGUGUGGUCCUUACCCAGUUUUAGCUCGAACAUCAGCAAUUCAGAUGACAACAAAACUCCUUCUGGACAACAAAUCGUCUGGCGUAGAUGUUCAAGCGAUGCUCCCAUACGCUAUUUCCGCUCUCUGCGAUCCAGCGCCAAAAGUACGCCGCGCUGCGUCAGAAUUGAUCAUUGCCAUGAAUAAACUCUACCCGUCGUCCGUGGAAUCCAAGAAAGAGUUGAAGCAGCUUAAGCAGUGGGGUUCUGGUGAGCUUUACCAGGAAAAUGGGAAUAAUGUUGAUCUCAAAUGGCUCUCACCUGACGUGGUUAUCCGUCUUAUACGGGAAACGAUCGUGCCUUCGUUGGAAGAGUGCGUUUUGGAUGCGAGACACAUCCAAUCAGCAUUACAAACAGUUUUGCAAAGUCAAGAUAAAUCCAAAAAAUCCGACUCCGGCCGACUGUCACAAUCCGCCCGAUCAUCGAUUUUGACGUUCCUCGGUACACACGUUAUUCAAACACCUUUGUAUUUGGUCAAAAUGCGAUUGAUGAUAUCGUUAAAUCAGGUACGUGGCGUAGGAGCAUUGUCAAGGACCAAAGUUUUAUUGCCAGUCCUCCGAAACUGGUCCUCACUCAGCCCAUCUGAAGCGGCAAGACGCUGUCAAGAAGAGGAGAUCAACCAGAUCGAUUUCGGUAAUCAAUCGUUUUUAACUGUUGCGCCAAAGGAUGAAGAGGGACUGCAGUUCAUACGCAGCAUUAUCGUUGGAGAAGUGGCAUCCGAUAGGCCAGAGCUUCUCACGGCGGCUUUCGAAAGACUACGGUCACUGUGGCCUUCGUUGAAGGGAGACCUCAAAGUAAACACAGCAUUAAUGCUAAUGAGUUCCGCCAUCCCUCCGUCAAGUGAAGCGACACAGAACAAUGAAGUCUCAGCCCAGCUCUCCUCUGAGUUUUUGAACUCAACGCCGCUUUCCACGGACAUCCUUCUGAAAUUUGUUGAAGGAUUACCCACCUCAAAAUUGGAUGAUUCACCUCCUCCGUCCAAACGGCGCCGGACGAGUCACAGUGAGGCAGCUAGAACACCUGUUCAAGAUCCACAAUUAUUAUCGGACGCUAUCAAGAAGGUUACUUUUGUAUUGCAGCUCAUCGACGGGUCCAAUCCACAAAUACAUCCCGAAUUGCUCAAUGGCUUAUUCAAUGUUCUAGCUGAGAUUCAACAAUUCAAAGCCUUGAUUGCAUCAGAGCUUGCAUAUCUUCAAAGUCUCGUUUUGGGCAGCCUUCUCGCUAUCUUGAAAGUCUACAAAUCAGACCCCAAGAUGAAACUCGACCGUUCAGCUGUACGGGCGGAUCUACUUGUGGAUUGUGUCCAAAAGACUAGCAGUCCACAAGUUCAAAAUGCAGCGCUGCUCCUUAUCGCCUCACUUGCAGAAACAGCCCCAGAAGUUGUUCUCCACAGUGUAAUGCCAAUCUUCACUUUCAUGCGCAAUUCGGUUCUGCCACAAAAUGAUGAGUAUUCUGCCCAUGUCAUAAGUCAAACAAUCCGUGAAGUCAUCCCACCUCUUAUCUCCUCACUACAAAAAGGAAAGUCAAAUGUUGUGGUUGAGGCGGCAGAGCUCCUUCUCAGCUUCGUCACAGCCUACGAACACGUUCCUGCUCAUCGUCGUAGAGGCUUGUUCACUUCUUUGGUACACACUCUAGGCCCCGAUGACUUCUUAUUCGCAAUCCUAGCAAUGCUUGUCGACAAAUACAGUGCAACUGAUAGCAUCAAAGCCUUCGCGGUGGAGGUAGCUGGCUCUUUUAGUGUUGAGGUGCAAUUACAGUCCGUUGCCAAAUAUUUGGAUCUUGUCAGAGAUAUCUUGAAGGUCAAGUCAACCUGGUCGGCAAUCUUGUUGAGCGCCAGCGAUAAAAAGGUGGCUACUCCUCACAAAACUGCACUUGCCGAGUUAGGGUUGCUGCCCAACAUUCUUUCCCAGAAACGUCUGAUCAGCCAAGCCGGAAAACUUCUUGAGCGAGAUGAUAUGGAAUCGGCGCGAAUUCGGGAGUUGUACUCUGCUCUACUUGAGAACCUGUUAGGACUGGCCGACAUUGUCAAGGAUGAUCACGAAUUGCACGGCUCCUGUGGUGACAUUCUGGAAAGCCUAUUAGGAUUGUUGUCCACCAGCGAGUUCAUCAAGUCUGUGGAAAGUCUACUUGACAAACCUGAUGAAGCCUUGCGACGAAAGAUUUUGCGAUCUGUGGAAGUCCGUGUCGAUCAAGAGAAACAUUCCGAUGAGGCCUCCAGAAAUGCAAUGCUCGGAUUCCUUCCUCAGCUCACAGCCAUCAUUAGGGAGUCCAAGGAUAUUCUCUACAAACAUACUGCUGUCGCCUGCGUGGAUAAGAUAUCGGAGAAGUAUGGUAAGAAAGAUUUGGAGGCCGUUGCUGCGGCUGCCGAGACAAUUGCUAGUGCCCACUGUCUUGGCCAAUCAGAUAAUCGCCUUAGAGUCAUGGCUCUUCUCUGUCUCGCUUCUUUGGUCGAGAUAUUACGGGAGGGUAUAGUCUCCGUUCUUCCAGCUGCAAUUCCUAAAACACUAGAGUACGUGGAAGAAAGCAUCGGUGACAAUCCGGAUGGACAAAAGUGUCAUAAUGCCGGAUAUGCAUUCAUCAGCGCUUUAGUUCAACAUCUGCCAUAUAUGAUAUCUGGGAAUUACCUCGACAAGCUUUUGCAAAUAUCCAACAUAUCUGCUGAAGCUGUUCUUGAUACCGAGGCCGACGAGAGCAGAACAGAAUGUUUACACCUCGUCGCAAAACAAGUCGAUGCCAAGGGUAUGUUCUCAGCUCUUGAAAAGAAUUGGGAGCAGGCAAAAGAAAGUGGGAUGGAUGUAAGUUCAAAGUUCGAUCACUUUAACGAAACAUCUACUAAUUCUUUUCAGGCCCUUCGCGAAUUUGUCGAGGUUCUCGACAUUUCUAUCGGCAAACAUCCUAAGAGUGUUGUGACCAAACACUCAUCCAUUUUAUCCAAAAUCUUCCAGAAUGCAUUUGACUUGCGAAGAACGGCUCUCGGUCAGGGUGAUGAGGUUGAUAUGGAGAGCUUGAUAGACAUCGAAGCGGCUCUUGAUGCCGUAGCGAUUAAGAUGAUCUACAAGUUCAACGACGCAACAUUCCGACCAAUUUUCGCCAAUUUGGUAGAAUGGGCCUCUUCUUCCCUGCCGAAGAAAGACAAAUUAGGCAGAACAAUGCGUCUUCAAAGCCUCUAUCGCUUCCUCGCCGUAUUCUUCGAUAAUCUGAAAUCGAUAGUGACGAGCUACGCAACCUACAUCCUCGAAAACGCAGUCAGUGUUCUGGAAACCGUCAACCCGAAAGAUGAUGAAUCGAAAGAACUAUGGGCUAAAGUCCUCCGAACACUAGCCAAGUGUUUUGAACACGAUCAAGACGAUUUCUGGCAAUCCCCAGCACAUUUCAGCGCCAUCGCCCCCGUCUUAUGCGCACAAUUCACACACAGCUCAUCACUCCCCCUAGCCGAUGAACUUAUCCCCGCAAUUGUCGAGCUGGCCGCUGCAGCAGAAGCUUCAGGUCACCAUAAAGAACUCAACGGCGCGAUAUUGAAGCACAUGCGCUCCGAAUCUUCCAGUGUCCGACUCGCAGCCGUGAAGUGUCAACAAGGCCUGACGCAGCGCGUGGGCGAGGAGUGGUUGGCUAUGUUACCUGAGAUGUUGCCGUUCAUCAGUGAGUUGCAGGAGGAUGAUGAUGAGGCGGUGGAGAAGGAGACGCAUCGGUGGAUCGUGAUGAUUGAGGGGGUUUUGGGGGAGAGUCUGGAUUCUAUGUUAGCUUAGUCUGUUCUUUGCAGGGGAUUCUACUUUUGUGGGUUGAGGUGCUGGGUGUAUUUAGUAUGGCGUGGAUGUGGGGAUAUUGUUGUAUAUGUCUUGUAUUGUUUCUUAUAUUGUUGUGCUUUUUAUGCUCUGACUCAAAUGAUAUGACUCUGAG